AUGGCCCCUGCUACGGCACUUUUACCCCCAAAAGCACCAUGAAAAAAAGGCCAGAGCUUGAAGAUGAUGAUAACCACCGAUACGACCUCGAACUCAUCAAGGCAGUGGCACAGGCGUGGCAUAGUCAUUCUGGUAGUUCUAGCCCCACCAAUGAAUUCAAUGCCCACAGACAAAAUUUCAGAGGUAAGCCCUCAAGAUUCAAGCUAGAAGCAAUGAACAAGAUGCAGGAUAAGGGUAUCGGUGCUGCGAACUGGGACUUCAGGCAAUCCCUGUGGGAUUCUUAUGAGAUUGUGACUGUGACCAAAAGGUUGGAGACAGGACUAGUUUUAGAUAACCCUUUCUUAGAGUCAGGUGAUUCGAGUAGGGUGCAUAGGAAGAGGAAGGAGAGCAAGAAUAGCCUUAGGAAAUUGUUUAAUCGUGUCUCUUCUGGGAGAUUCAAUCAGGCUAAUAUUCCUGGUGAAGCUGUUAAUCCAUUUUGAGUGAAUUUGAUUCGUAGCACAACACAGCAUUCUUGUUUCUUCUUUUUCCUCCUAUUUGAAAUUUUGUGCAAAGCUCUUGAUAGUGAUGACUGAUGACACAAGCACAUUGAAGCUAAAUGACUUUCUUUAAGCAAGAAGCUGUGCUUAUCUUCCAGUCAAUUUACUGAGUUACCCACAGCAUAAUUGCAGAUCAUGAAAUUCGUAGUUAAUUUUCACAUUUCAUUAUUGGCGUUCAGUUAAAUUCAG